CUGAGUGCUGCCGCUAUGAGUGCACAUGAAAAAAGAGCUGCUCUCUGCCUCCUGCUUUUUCUCGGUCUGUGCCACACGCCAGUGUGUGUGACAGCAGGAAAAAUUCUCAUCUGGCCGGUGGAGUUCAGCCACUGGCUUAACAUCAAAGUCAUAAUAGACGAGCUAAUAGUGAGAGGACACAACGUGACGAUUGUCACCCACAGUGCUACACCAUCUGUAAAGACAGAGCAAUCUUCAGGAUACAAUGUGGAAGUCAUACCCGUGUCCUAUACAAAGCAGGACAUCAUCGACGCCUUAAAUAAAUUCAUGACCUACUGGAUCUAUGAGCUUCCAAAUGCAAACAUGUUUCAAGCUUUUCAGAGCAUGAACGAGAUUAUCAGAGAAGUCCUUGAUACUGCUACAAAGCAGAACCAGGCACUGUGUCAGAAGCUUUUUGCACGCAAGGAUCUACUAGAGAAGUUGGGAAAUGGAAAGUAUGAAGUUCUUCUGACAGACCCUUUAAAUAUGUGUGGAGAACUGCUGGCACAGAAGCUUAACUUGCCAUUUAUCAUCAGCCUAAGAUUCUCUUAUGGAACUGUGCUGGAGCGACUCUGUGGUCAGCUGCCAAUGCCACCGUCCUUUGUGCCAGCCGUCAGCCUGGGUUACACAGAUGACAUGGACUUUACACAGAGAUUAAAAAACUUUUUGUUUGUUCUGACUCAGGAUGUACUUUUCAAGGUUAUAACCUCUGCAAAAUGGGAUAACCUUUACACAGAAGUCAUGGGUAAACCUACAACGCUGUGUGAAACGAUGGGUAAAGCUGACAUCUGGUUAAUCCGAACUUACUGGGACUUUGAGUAUCCGAGGCCAUUCCUGCCAAACUUCAAAUUCGUUGGAGGAUUGCACUGCAAACCUGCAAAGCCUCUACCAAAAGAGAUGGAGGAGUUUGUUCAAAGCUCUGGGGAUGAUGGUAUUGUUGUGUUUUCACUUGGCUCCAUGAUAAAGAACCUUACCACAGAGAGAGCUAACACCAUCGCUGCAGCACUCGGACAGAUCCCCCAAAAAGUCUUGUGGCGAUACAAGGGCGAUAAACCAGAAACUCUCGCUCCUAACACUAAACUCUAUGACUGGAUUCCACAGAAUGAUUUGCUGGGGCAUCCUAAAACCAAGGCCUUCAUCACACAUGGUGGCACUAAUGGAAUAUAUGAAGCCAUUUAUCACGGAGUUCCACUGGUGGGCCUGCCACUGUUUGCUGACCAGCCAGAUAAUUUAAUGCACAUGAAAACAAAGGGAGCAGCCGUAAUUCUUGACUUAAACAAAAUACAGACCAAGGACCUAAAGGAGGCUCUCAGUGAUGUCAUCAACAAUCCAUCAUACAAACAGAGCAUUAUGAGGCUGUCCCGAAUCCACCAUGAUCAGCCCAUGAAGCCGCUCGACCAGGCUGUCUACUGGAUCGAGUAUGUGAUGCGCAACAAGGGGGCCAAACACCUGAGGGUUGCAGCCCAUGACCUCUCGUGGUAUCAGUACCACUGCUUAGAUGUGGCUGCCUUUUUGCUGGCCGUAGUUGCACUGACUGUGUUUAUCAGCAUAAAACUGUUUUGCUGGCUCUUACGUAAAUGUUUAAGAAGGAGCCCUAAAAAGAGCAAAAAGGAGUAAAACGUGCAGUAUAUUUUAUGUGGGUUUACUUUUUCAGAUUGUACAGGUUCCUAAAUUGUUGGAGCAAUUUCAUUGUAACACACUGUGAAAUAAUCACAAUGAGUUUUAUGCACAUCUUGUACAAUGUGGUUUUGUUUUAAAUAAAAUUACACUGAAAUUA